AUCGUGUUGACAACGCGGAAGAUCCAGACCAGACGUUACUCGCUGUUAUCUCAUCUCUGAACUCGUUUUAUGACAUUUAAACUAUCUUACUUCGGUUCGAGUAUGUUGUUUUACUAAAUAUUAGCAGUGACAGACUAUGAGCGAUUCAUAAAUAUGGCUAUUAUGUCGGUAAAUCUUUUGUAGCAGUGCUGUUUCUGAACAUUAACAAGAAUAGUGUUAGCAAGUUCUUCAGCAACUCAGGAAAAUGCCUUCUCGUAAUAUUGUGUCGCACGACAUUCCUAACAGCAAAGUUAGGUACUCCAGGUUAGCAACUGACGAUGACGGCUACAUUGAUUUACAGUUCAAAAAGAGCCCACCCAAAGUCCCAUACAAAGCUAUAGCACUGGCCACAGUGCUUUUCUUAAUCGGCUCUCUUUUAAUCAUCAUUGGCGCUCUUCUCCUGGCUGGAUACUUCGGAGUCACUCACUCAGACCGAACAGUGCCUGUCCUUAUCAUUGGGAUCCUUGUCUUCCUGCCUGGAAUUUACCACCUAAGGAUAGCUUACUAUGCUUCAAAGGGCUACCCAGGGUACUCCUAUGAUGACAUCCCAGACUUCGAUGACUGAACCACACUAAGACUGUAGCCUGAGAUUUUCUGUGCUUACAUGCAUUCCUGUUUUGCUUGUACUGCUUAAAAAGUUUUUGUAAAUCAGUGUUCCUCUGGUAGAGUUUUUAUGCCUAGUUCAUUAUUAGUUAAUUUAAGCUGCUAAUCCAUAUUGUUUGAUAUGUAUAUUUGUUUGAUUAGCUUGAUAAAUGAAUAAAACAAUAAUUUCGUUAUUUCCA